AUGGAGAACCUAAAGUAUUAUCUUCUCGUCUUACCUUUAGUUUUCUACAUGAUAUUGAAAUACUUACUAUUCAAUUCCCACCAAAAGUCACCACCAAGUCCACCAGCACUUCCAAUAAUUGGCCACCUUCACCUUAUCAGGAAUUCCCUCUACCAAUCACUAGCUGCACUAUCGUCCCGAUAUGGUCCCAUUUUUUCUAUCAAGUUAGGGUGCAAAUCGUUUGUUGUGGUUUCUUCUCCAUCUGCCAUAGAAGAAUGCUUCACAAAAAACGACAUAGUAUUUGCCAAUCGGCCUCGGUGCAUGGCUGGUGACCUGCUGACAUACAAUUAUGUCACCUUGGCAUGGUCACCUUAUGGCCAUUUCUGGAGGACGCUUCGCCGACUAACUGUCGUUGAACUUUUCUCUUCACAUAGCCUCCAAAAGUCUGCAAAAAUACGUGAAGAAGGAAUACAAUCCCUUCUUCGAGUAUUGUUUAAAAGCUCAAAGAAUGGAAUUCAAAGAGUUGAUUUGAAUUAUUUGGUUUCUACUUUUGGUUUCAAUGUUAUGAUGAGAGUUAUUGCUGGAAAAUGGUGUGUUGAAGAGAAAGAAGUUGGAACUGAAGUCGGAAAGCAGAUAGUCCAAAAAAUCAGGGGGAUUUUAUUUUCAAGUCUGUCACUUAGUUUGUGUGAUUUUUUUCCUGCAUUGAGGUUGGUUGGUUACAAAGGCCUGGAGAAAAAUCUGAUAUCACUUCACAGAAAGAGGGAUGACUAUAUUAAGAUUUUGAUAGAUGAGGCUAAAGGGAAUGGGAUUACGUUUUCCGGUUCCACAAGGGAGAAGAACACUUUGAUCGAAACGCUGUUGUCUGCUCAAGAAUCGGAACCUGAUUUAUACUCCGAUGAUGUUAUCAAAAGCGUUAUAUUGGUACUGUUUGUGGCAGGAACAGAGACCUCAGCAGCUGCUAUUGAAUGGGCUAUGUCACUACUCUCAGAUCAUCCAGAGGCAUUACAUAGGCUAAGGAAAGAGAUUGACACUAAUGUUGGACAUGGGCACUUGUUAAAUGACUCUGAUCUUGCUAAACUUCCGUUUUUGCGUUGUGUUGUAAAUGAGACACUACGACUCUACUCUCCAGUGCCACUGCUUUUACCUCACUGUUCAUCGGAAGAUUGCAGUUUAGGGGGGUACAGAAUUCCUAAAGACACAAUCUUGUUGGUGAAUGCUUGGGCCAUGCACAGGGAUCCAAAGGUGUGGGACGAGCCUGAACGAUUCAAGCCAGAGAGAUUUGAGGCAAUAGAAGUGGAAAGAGAAGGCUUCAAAUUUGUGCCUUUUGGAAUGGGGAGGAGAGCCUGCCCUGGAGCCGGUAUGGGUUUGCGAACAGUUUCGUUGGCAUUAGGUGCAUUUGUUCAGUGUUUCGAGUGGGAAAACGUAGAAAGUGACAACAUGAAAAUGAACUAUAAUUCCAAAGUUACUAUGCAGAAGGCUACACCUCUGGAGGCCAUGUGCAUUCCCCGGCAACAUGCUGUUGAUCUUCUCUCACAACUCUGA